AUGAAGAACUUGAAGAUCAAAGUUUUGUUGAUGUUGCUACUCCUGCAACCUCUCCAUGGAGCUUUUGCCUCGAAAAAAGCUCCAAAAAAGUUCAUGGCGUACCACAAACUCGCAAUUUCAUUCACCUUUGUGUUUUUGGGCAUAAUGUUACUCGGCACGAGUUAUAUUAUUUGGUUCAAUUGGAAGAAGAGAAAGCAGAGUGGUAUCAUAGUUGUUCCCAAAUAUUCUGGUGAACAUCACUAUAGAUACAUGGUAGCAGUUCAAAAUGGGCUGAAAAGAGCAGUAAAGACACCCAAAGUCAGAUUGCAGUUGAUAGGAGACCAGGGGGUAUCUCCUGAAUAUAAUCUGAAUGAACAUGGGAGGAAGCACAAUUUCCUUGGGGUAGGACAGAAGAAAUGGUUUCUUUUGUAA